GGGCGGCUCGAGACGAGCGUGUUUGCAGGCCGCCUCGACCAGUCGACGACCACCUCCUCCCUCCCGGGCCCCAUAGCACCAUGGCCGACGCCAGAGUCCCGCCCCGUCGCAAGACGACAAUCGAGAUACCACUUCCCUCCGUGCGCAAAUACGUGCCCGGCUCCGGGCCGCCUCCCCCUCGCAUCUCGCUGGCUCCUCCGCGGGACUCGACCGCCUACAUCAUCGACCAGUUCGUGCUGCCCGCGGACAAGGAUACCACCGAAGCUUCCCGCCGCCUGAUCUACUACCACAUCGGCUUCACCGAUCUCCCCGCCGCCAGGCUGCUGAUACCGUGCAACAAGGUGCUCGACUAUGUCUCGCCGCGCGAGCUAGAGGACUGGGAGUACAAGAACCUGGAAAGGAAAGAGGAGGAACAGGCGCGCCGCCGAGCCGAGGAACAGCGUGCCUGUCCCCAAAAGAAGAGGCCCGGCCGGUCGACCAAGGUCCCUAUGGAUGACGUUGGCGUGCCGGCACUGAGCCCCGCGGACGAAGCUCUGCUGCUUGCCCAACAGGUCGCCGGCCCGUCCCUGUCUACGCCGCAAAAGAGGAGGCUUGGCCGCAUGCUAGAUGAAGAGGAUGUCGGGGACACCAGCAACGCGGAUUCGGAUGAUGCCGCCAUCCGCCGGCAACUGCAAGCCGAGGCUGAAUCCGAGGGCGUGGGUUUCGAAGAUGAGUUGGGCCUGGAGUCGGAGUCGGAAUCCGUCGACCAGCUAUCUCUCCACUACGACACACCCGCAGUGGAUUCACCCUCUCGGCCGGGGAGCUUGGUCCCGUCGGGACAGGUUCCCUUCCCACUCGACUCCGCUCGCACACCCAUCAAAACGAGCUCUCCGGGUUCUGCUACUGCACCUACAUCAACAUUACCACUCGGCAACAGCCCGGGUCCCGCGACAGAACGGUUGCAUCCCGCGCGCGCGCGUGUGUUCGGCCAGCAGAACUGGUCUGACGCAGCUCCUAGGACGCAUAACCGAAACGGCCAUCCCCAACAAAACGGGACUCCUCGGUCGCAGCUAAGCACACCACAGCAGCUCGAAUCCCCAGCAUUGACCGCUACAGCGGCGCCUGUGGCCAGGACAAAAACGAGUCCCGCCGUUCCAGCUUCUCGAUUCUCAACCCCCGGGGUCAGGACAGGCUCUGUUGCUGCUUCAGAUUCUUCCUCAAACAAGCGGAAGAUGUCGGCCCCCAACGGGGCUGGACCGCAGGAGAAGCAGCGGAAGACGAAGAAACAAAAAGUCAAGCAGGAAGAGGAGCCGCCAACUGACGAGUUUGAAGUUGAAGACCUGCUCGACGACCAAUGGUUUGUGGAGCAGGGUGUGAAGGUGCACAAGUACCUUGUCCUCUGGGCAGGCGACUGGCCGGAGGACCAAAACCCAACCUGGGAGCCGGCCGAGAACGUCCAGGACCAAGCCCUGAUCAAGCGGUACCUGAGGAAGAAAAAGGCGGGCUUGUUGAAGCCUGUCAAAAAACCUCAGAAAUCGCUACGUCACUAUCUGGGGACGCCGCAGUACUCCAGCGUUGCGGAAGCUUUUGAGGGCGGCAUCGGCGAGCAGGCGGGCCCUGUAGCCGACGACGUAGAGAGCGAUGUCGACCCUCCUCAUGAGACAUUCCUCGUUACGGAAAAUGUUGAGGACAUUGCAGCAAACGGAGCGAGGCCCUCGCCGGCCUUUGCGUCGUUCGACAGCUUGCUGGCCCGAUAUAGCCAGACCUUUCCGCGGGGAUGAAGGACGUCUGCUUGAGCGAUGAAUUCAAACCACUGGCUGCACCGUGCAACACCUAGGCCCAACUGACGCCCCUGGCCAUCGCCUGCAGGUCAGGACCAACCAUGACUACACUUUG